AUGAACAUCAGUGAUGAGGAAUCAGUUCGAGUCGACGACAAAUCCUGGAUUGUGCAAAAGUUUGGAGGCACUAGCAUUGGAAAAUAUCCACUGAAUGUAGUGGAAAACGUCAUCAAGCCUGCGACCAACUUCUGUAAUGUUGUGGUUGUUUGCUCGGCUUUGAGCACCAGCAGCAAGAACGGCGGUACAACAAACCGCCUUCUACAAGCUUACAGACACUGGUUGAUCUCUGAUUUGGAGCAGGCAAAGACCAUUGUCAAGGGGAUCCGAACAGAACACAUUGAUUCAGCCUAUGCGUACAUCAAAACGCCCCAGCUGGUCAUGGGCCUCGUCGAGGGCAUAGAGCGUGAGUGUGGGCAAGUCAUACGGCUCUUCCACUCCAACUACAGAACAGCUCUUCUCAUGGAUAAAGUUAUUGGCACAGGAGAGAGACUUGCCUGUCUUUUUCUUAGCGCGCUAUUACAAGAUCGACGAGUUGCCGCACAAGUUGUGGAUUUGUCCGAGAUUGUACCAACAUCUGUGUACACCUCUGUUGACCAAUCCUUUCUCGAUGGCAUAUCGGCCAUGAUGGCCAAAAGAAUCAGCCUAUGCCGGUCCAAGGUUGCAGUUGUUACAGGCUUCUUUGGACCGAUUGAAGGCGGUCUGAUUCACCAGGUUGGGCGAGGGUAUACCGACUUUUGCGCAUCCAUGAUCUCCGUGGGACUCCGGGCCCAGGAGCUGCAGAUCUGGAAAGAAGUCGAAGGUAUCUUCACUGCUAAUCCAAGCAAGGUUCCCAGUGCCAAAAUGAUACCCAUUAUUAGCUCCGAAGAGGCUUCUGAACUGACAUUUCACGGCUCCGAAGUCAUCCACUACGAGGCGAUGCGCUUGGCGAUGCGCGAGAGGAUUUCCAUGCGUAUAAAGAAUGUUUUGAACCCUCGAGCUCUUGGAACGCUUGUACUCGAUGACUGGAGUAAAGAAACCCCUGUAUUAACGCCGCUAGUUUGUAUGGAUAGCGGAUAUCCGAGAUAUGAUUCCAUCUUAUACUCUUAUGCUGGUGUCCCGGGCACACCGACGGCUGUAACGUCCAAGGAUGGGAUCCUUCUGAUUAACAUUCGAUCGACACAGCGGCUUAAGGCCCACAGAUUUCUUGCUGGUGUGUUUACCGUCUUGGACGGCUGCAAUCUCUCGUUUGAUUUGGUCUGCACCAGUGACACACAAGUAUCUAUGGCCUUGCAUUCCCACGUGGCUCUUCUUAGCGGCCAAGAUGAGGAUGAGUCCGAGUUGGCACGACGGCAAGAGUUUGGUAGUGCUAUUAAACAACUACAGAAGCAUGGAGAUGUCGAAAUCUUGUAUAAACGGACCAUCAUUAGCUUGGUGGGAAGACAGUUGGCGCGGGCUCUCACGGCGACGGGACGCAUGUUUUCAAUACUCAACGAUAAUCAUAUAAACAUAGAAAUGAUUGCCCACGGAGCCAGCGCAAUCAGCAUCUCAUGUGUUGUUCGGGAACAAGACGCUGGAAGAGCAGUUGCGCUUUUACACGCCGCAUUUUUCACCAAUUUUUCUAGCGAGGUGCCUGUUCCGAGAUAUAAAGUAGUGGAUGAGUCUAUAGAUUCUAUAGAAUAA